AUGUCCGGUAACGGUAACGUAAUGUCAAAUAAGUUAGAAAUGGAAGUAAAAGAGAAGAAAACCGGCAGUGCAAAAUCGGAACACUUUUCCGUAAUAAUUGGUAAUAGUGACAGUGAUAGUAACAGUGAUAGAAAUCGUGAUGUUGAUGAUGAUGAUGUUGGUGAUGAUGUUGGUGAUGAUGAUGAUGAUGAUGAUGAUGUAUCAGACAAUCCGAAAUCAUUGGAACAAAUACAACCAAACCCUAUGGAAUUCUGUGAUUGGUAG